AUGCAACAGUCCUUAUUAAAAAAUAAAGAAAAAACUUUUUUAAAACAAGCAGGCAUUAAUUAAAAUAAUGAAUUUGAAUCAAAAAAGAUUUCACCAACAUUAAUAAAAAAUGAAGAAAUAAACAACGAGAAUAAUAUUUAACAAAUUUCUAGAGGAAAUAUGAGACGACUUAAGGACACAAAUAAAUGUGAGCGAGUGCAAGUAGGUACAAAAAAUAAUCAGUCAAAUAAUUGGACAAACAAGAAAUAAUUAUUUGUAUAAAAAAUACCUUAUACAGCUUUAUAAUAGAGUUAGGAACAUGUGAAUUCAAAAACUAUUUAAAAUAUUGAAUAAUAAAUGCCAAAUAAAGAAGAAUAAUAAAUUAACGAAGAUUUGAAUGCAAAAUCUAAAUAAUAAUCUGGAUAAAAAAUACCUAAUACAGCUUUAUAAUAGAGUUAGGAACAUGUGAAUUCAAAAACUAUUUAAAAUAUUGAAUAAUAAAUGCCAAAUAAAGAAGAAUAAUAAAUUAACGAAGAUUUGAAUGCAAAAUCUAAAUAAUAAUCUGGAUAAAAAAUACCUAUUACAGCACUAUAAUAAGGAGAUGUGGAUUCAAAAACUAAAUAAAAUAUUGAAUAAUAAAUGCCAAAUAAAGAAGAAUAAUAAAUUAACGAAGAUUUGAAUGCAAAAUCUAAAUAAUAAUCUGGAUAAAAAAUACCUAUUACAGCACUAUAAUAAGGAGAUGUGGAUUCAAAAACUAAAUAAAAUAUUGAAUAAUAAAUGCCAAAUAAAGAAGAAUAAUAAAAUUAUGAUGAUGUGAAAACAGAAAAUACAUCAUUAAAUAGAACAUAUGAUAUUUCUACUCCUAAUGCUUUAUGCCUAAAAUAAUAACCCAUAGCUUUAUUUUUAGGAUCUCCUGGAGUCGGUAAAACAUUUUUGAUGAAAAAACUAUUUAAUCAGUCUGGAACUAUAAAUGAAUUUGAAUUGAAUAAUUUAUAAAUAGAUGAUAGGCUAAGUUAUAACUUUGUAGACACUUAAGGCUUUGAUUUUGAAUCCGAUAUUGAUGAAAGGGAGGCACAAAUCAAGCUUUAUCAACAACUAUUUUUGCAGUAUCAAAAUUUAGUACGCUCUAUUUUUCUAGUUGUCAAUUUUGAAAGAACUGAUCUAAUGAAAAAAAAACUCCUCUCAGUUUAUAAAUAUUUUAGAAAGUUCUAAUCAAUAAUUAGUAUAAUUGUAACUGAAUUCUAAGAAAGUGAAGAUAAAGAUUUUAAUGAAGCUGACUUAAGGGCAAAAUUUUAGCAUUUUAAACCUUGUGAUUUAAUUUUUGUAGAAAGGACCAUUAGCAAAACAGAAUUGAUAAAUAAAUUAAAAUAGAAAUCUUUAAAUUAAAUUGAAUCAGGUUAUACAUUUGAUUUAAGCGGGACUAUCUUUGAAUAAGAAGAUGAAGAAGAAACUAAAAUACUGAUUAAUUAAAUUAAACAAAAAGUCAAAUGA